ACGUGCUUAAUUUUUUACAAUGGCUAUGCCCCAGAUGAACUUGAGUCCCGCCGAACAGGCUAAAUUGCAAAUGAUGCAAGAAAUGGAAAUUGAAAUGAUGUCCGAUUUAUAUAAUCGCAUGACAAAUGCUUGUCACAAAAAAUGUAUACCACCACGUUAUGGAGAAGCGGAAUUGGGUAAAGGAGAAAUGGUUUGCAUUGAUCGCUGUGUUGCCAAAUAUCUUGAUAUUCAUGAGAAAAUUGGCAAAAAAUUAACCGCCAUGUCCAUGCAGGAUGAGGAUCUUAUGAAGAAAAUGUCUUCAUAA